GGAGAGGAGAAACAAAGCAAAAGGCAAAGAAAGCCCCAACAUUUACUUCUUAUACAAUACAAUACACUUCUUUUUCUUCUCCUCCUCCUCUUCCUCUCAGUUGUCCAUCUCCUCUCUCCCCCUCACAUUUCACCUUCCAUCUUUUUUCACAGCCAUUUAUUAGAGAUUCCUCUACAUGGUCUUUUCUUCUCUUGUUCAUUGCGGUGUACAGAUUCCCAGUUGAUAAUACCCAUAAAAAUUCUCCUUUUUGCAUUUCAUAUUUGCUUCUUCUUCUUGCCGGGUGUUUGUUUCCUGUAUUUGGGUACCAUUUCAAUGUUUGCUCCUUCGUCUUUUCUGGGUUAAAGUUUUUAUUCUGCUUCACCAACUCCUCUCCGGGGAAAAAACUCUUCUGGGUUCCGCUUUCAAGAAGAAAAAAAGCCGUCUUUUUGCCCACUGCUGCCUUGUACUGCCCAUAUUCAGGCUUCCAAAACAACACAACAAUUUCUUUUUGUUUUGCAGAAUUCUGGGGAAGUUUCGAUAAUUUGGGUUUUCCUGUGAAUUGGUUUUCUGUUGGAAUUACUUCCUUCGAGAAAGAGAGGGAAGGAGGAGAAAGUGAGGUAGAGAGUGACUUAUGGGGAAGCAAGGGCCCUGCUAUCACUGUGGAGUUACAAGCACACCACUUUGGCGCAAUGGACCCCUUGAAAAGCCGGUGUUGUGCAAUGCUUGUGGUUCUAGAUGGAGGACAAAGGGAACACUCGCAAACUAUACACCUCUUCACUCCCGGGCAGACCCUGAUGAUUAUGAUGAUCAGAGAGUUGCCAGACUGAAGAACAUAUCUCUUAAUAGAAACAAAGAGAUAAAACUUGUCAAAAGAAAGCCAAACCUUGAUGCCGGGGUGGUUGGAAGAAUGGCCUCUGAUUAUGUGCAGAGUAGCCAGAAUGUUAUGGAUGAAGAUGUAAGUAAUAGAUCGAGUUCAGGAUCAGCCAUAUCUAAUUCUGAGAGCUGUGCUCAAUUUGGCAGCAUGGAUGCAAGUGAAUUGACAGGUCCAUCUCAAACAGUUGUCUGGGACUCAAUGGUACCUUCUAGAAAGAGAACAUGCGUGAAUCGUCCAAAACAAUCCCCAGUCGAGAAGCUUACUAAAGAUCUUUACACCAUCUUGCAUGAACAGCAGUCUUCUUGCUUUUCUGGUACGUCUGAAGAGGAAUUGCUUUUUGAGAGUGAAACUCCAAUGGUUUCUGUUGAGAUAGGACAUGGAAGUGUUCUCAUCCGGCAUCCUAGUGCAAUAGCUCGAGAUGAAGAGUCCGAGGCUAGCUCACUUUCGGUUGAGAACAAGUGCUACCCAGCAAAUGAAGCUUAUUCCCACCCCGCUAAUUUUAGUCAUGCGUAUAAUGGAAACAACAAGUACAUCAAGACUCUUGAUCCUGUGAUUGAGAAACCUGAGUACCUUCAGGGACAAGGAAUGCUACAGCAGGAACAGCUUAAUAGGGACAAGUCUCAGCAUGAGAAAGUGCAAAUUCUUGGACAUCAUAACUCACCCCUGUGUAAUAUUGAUCUGAAUUGUGUCCUUAACUUCGAGGAGUUUUCAAAACACUUGACGAGCGAAGAGCAGCAGCAGUUGCUCAAAUUUCUGCCUGCACCCGAUACUGGCAAACUUCAUGACAGCAUCAGAAGCAUGUUUGAUAGCCCUCAGUUCAAGGAGAACUUGUCUUCCUAUCAGCAACUUCUAGCAGAAGGGGUCUUUGAUCUAACCUUCUCAGGGGUAAAGACUGAAGAUUGUAAAACUCUCAAGAGACUUGCUUUAUGCAACCUCUCAAAGUCCAAAUGGGUUGAGCACUGUCAUCUACUCAAGAAAUGCAAAAACAGCCCUGGAAAGUUUCCUGCUGUACAGGGACCUAAUGUGGCAUCAAACUUUUCUACUACAGGCAAAAGACCACGUGAGAGCUCGAAGAUCCCAGGUCAGCUACCAUCCUUGUUAGAUUGACUGCUGACAGUAUGAUGCUCAUCUACAUUUCUUUGGAAUGAUUCAAAUGUUAGGCAUUCCAUAAUCUGGUUGGUCAUUUUAAGGCUGAUUGAACAGAAUUCAAUGGCACCACUGGCUGGAAUGUAAAUUCCGUGAGUGACGGGGUGAAAUACUGAAAUUGUCCAAUCCCAUCAUCCAGUUACCCCUUCAAAAGACCCAAAUUUACAUCAAUGCCAGUAUUUCUUCUAUAUCAUGAUCUUCUGAGUGCUUUAAAUCAUGUUUUCUUUUUCAGAGGUGAAGAUGAUGAUGAGCCCGAAAAGGAGUUUAACCAAGGCAGGUUAUGAGAACACUAGUAGGGAAAUCAUGGACAACGAUGCAUCAUGCUUCAGCCCUAAGAGUCUAUUCGCGUUGCCUACCGAGGGAGGUGGAUCCUUCGUGCUGGACUCCCUCCAUUUCGUCGACGAGAGCUCUGAUCAAGACCUGCUACUGGACGUGCCGUCCAAUGGCUCUUUCCCGCAGGCAGAGCUGCUUCAUCCAGCUAUGAGUUUUGGCGGGCAGCAUGCAAGCACUAGUAGUAGCUCAGUGUACCCACAUCAUCUACUUCGUAAUCAUCCCUGAUAAAAAAAACUUUAACACCAGGACUUAUAUAUAUAGAAAAAUCUAUAUGCGCAAUACUUUUUUGCCAAUCAAACAAAUGAAACAAGUACUGAAAUGAGGCCUGGUGAUGGUUGCUUGCUCUUCACUCAACCCUUUUCCCCCUCUGUUCUGUGUUUUUGCCUCUUGAUCUCCAAUAGAACUCAGUCAGGGGGAAACUUAGGUGGGGAAUGGGGUUCUUUUUUGUGUUUUUGUAUAGGUUGAGAAGAUAUAUUGUAAAAUAUAGAUGGGUAAGAAGAAAAGAUGCAACCUAUUUUCGAGGUGGAGAGUUUUCAAAGAGUGCCGUUGUAUGUAGCUUUUAUUUGCAGAAAGAUGAAACAAAAAAAGAGAACUUGGAAGAAUGGCAAAGCUAAACAUCUUUUUUUCUAGCCCUUUUUUGUCCUCUUUGCGUUUU